AAUCCAAAUACAUUGCUGGUCAAUGAAAGCUUUAAAAAAUGGUACAUUUCUUAAUGUGACAAAGCUGUAAAUGGAAAAUCAUCGAAACAUCGACCUUUAAUACUUGUCAAGAUUUCAAUAAAUAUUACUUUUUGCAUUUACUAUGUAAAUCAAGGUUUUCACUUGAGUUAGCCGUGACUAACUGCUAGUUGAUCUUACCAAAUUAUAUUUCUUCUUCUUCAGGUAACAUGGACAGGCAUCAUUAUGAAACUUUUGAGAAGUUUGGCAACAAUACUUUCCUAAUACACCUUGACAAUGGAAGGGCAUUUGGGCGUCACUCCAAAGAUGAACCAUCUAUCCUGACUCCUCUAGCGCAAUGUUGCAGAAUCCGUCACUCCACCUGGCUGCGUCUGCGUCUGCUGUCUCUUCCAAAGUAUCGUCUCAGUGAUGUCAUGAGGGCCUCACUUUCCAAUGAUCCCCUCCACAAAGUGGCUCCAUUGCUAUCGGAAAACCACCUUACUGCUCUGGACCGGCGUUUGAAAACUGUGUUGGAGACUGUAGACCGUUGCCUUAAGAGAGCCACUGAGGAUGGCGGGCGUGAUGGGGUACUGUACCAUGACAUUGCCAACUUGAAAGACAUGAUCACACCUGCUGGGUAG